AUGGGAAAACAAAAAGACAUUUUGGAGAAACUGGCAGAGACCUUCCAGAUCCGGCAUGUGCUCCUCCGCCAGGCCCUGGCAGAAUGCCUGGGAACCCUUAUUCUGGUGAUGUUUGGCUGUGGUGCAGUCGCACAGCUGGUGCUGAGCGGAGGCUCCCACGCCACCUUCCUCACCGUCAACUUGGCUUUUGGCUUCGCUGCAACUUUGGGCAUCCUUGUGAGUGGACAGGUCUCAGGUGGUCAUCUGAACCCAGCGGUCACCUUCACGCUGUGUUUACUCGGGAGAGAGCCCUGGAGGAAGCUCCCGUUGUUCUUUUUCUUCCAGACACUCGGAGCCUUUCUGGGUGCGGCCGUUGUGUUCGGCAUGUAUUUUGAUGCAUUGUGGGACUUCAGCCAGGGGGAGCUGAUGGUGGUGGGGAAGAAUGCCACAGCAGGGAUUUUUGCCACAUAUCCAUCCAAACAUCUCACCCUGCUUAAUGGAUUCUUUGAUCAGAUUAUUGGAACAGCUGCAUUGAUCGUGUGCAUCCUGGCCAUAGUCGACCCACACAACAACCCAGUCCCUCGAGGUCUGGAGCCCUUCACUGUCGGCUUCGUGGUGCUGGUCAUCGGCCUGUCCAUGGGCUUCAACUCCGGCUAUGCUGUCAACCCGGCCAGGGACCUGGGACCUCGCCUCUUCACGGCUCUCGCAGGCUGGGGUACGGAGGUUUUCACAGUAAACACCUACUGGUUUUUUGUGCCCAUCUGUGCCCCCUUCUUGGGUGCAGUGGUGGGCGUGCUGCUGUACCAGCUGAUGAUUGGAUAUCAUUUAGAAAGAGAAGUGCAAGAAAAGGAGCAGGAGGAGGAGGAGGAGGAGGAAAGGUUCAAACUUUCCAGUGUUGGAACCAACGCGGAUGCAUGA